UAAAGCCGUAGCAACAGUAAUCAGGAAACAAGUGAGUUCGUUUCCUCGCUUACGUGAACUCGUUUCCGUGGGCAACUGAGAGCACAGCUACAGGACCUGGUUAAGUCGCUAAAUACAUGCUGUCGAAGUCUCUGUGUUCACUAGGGAUCUGCCAUGGUGGAUGUGAGUAAGUGGCCUCUCUUCACCCUCUUGAGUGCACAGGAGCUCUCCUCUAUUCGACAGGCAUGCAUCUUUGGCGCGUCUGCGAAUGAGGCCAUCUACAUCACCCACGAUGAUGAAGUGUACGUGUUGGGUUUGAACUGCAGUAACUGUCUGGGCACUGGAGACAGUCAGAGCACCAUCGCUCCAAAAAAGCUGGACUGCCUGAGUGGGAAGAAGCUGAUCAGUUUGAGCUAUGGCAGCGGACCUCAUGUUUUGCUGGUCACUGAAGACGGGGAGUUGUAUGCAUGGGGGCAUAAUGGAUACAGUCAGUUGGGCAAUGGGACGACCAAUCAAGGUGUAUCUCCUAUUUUGGUGUCUACAAAUCUGCAGGGCAAGAGGGUGACUGAGGUGUCUUGUGGUUCACACCACUCUUUGGCUCUGACCCAUGAGGGUGAGGUGUUCGCAUGGGGCUACAAUAACUGUGGUCAGGUGGGUUCAGGGUCCACUGCCAACCAGCCUACACCACGAAAAGUCUCCAACUGUCUGCAGAACAAAGUGAUUGUUAAUAUAGCCUGUGGACAGACCUCAUCAAUGGCUGUGACGGAUAAUGGUGAGGUUUACGGCUGGGGUUACAAUGGUAAUGGCCAGCUGGGGUUGGGCAACAAUGGGAACCAGCUCACGCCAUGCCGUUUGAUUGCACUACAAGGCUUCUGUGUGCUGCAGAUUGCAUCAGGUUAUGCUCAUUCGCUAGCACUGACCGAUGAGGGCCUGCUGUAUGCAUGGGGUGCAAACACUUAUGGCCAGCUGGGCACUGGCAACAAGAGUAACCAGCUCAGCCCUGUACAGGUCAUGACUGAGAAAGAAAGGAUUGUGGAGAUCGCCGCCUGUCACUCCACGCACACCUCUGCGGCGAAAACCCAGAGCGGUCAGGUGUAUAUGUGGGGACAGUGUCGCGGUCAGGCCAUUGUGCUGCCACACCUCACACACUUCGCCAGCACGGACGACGUAUUUGCCUGCUUUGCCACACCAUCUGUAAUGUGGCGGAUGCUGUCCAUGGAGCAUGAUGAUUUCUUGACUGUGGCCCAGUCCCUUAAAAAGGAGUUUGAUAAUCCAGAGACCUCUGACCUUAAGUUCAGCAUUGAUGGGAAGUACAUCCAUGUCCAUAAAGCUGUUCUCAAAAUCAGGUGUGAGCACUUCAGAUCAAUGUUUCAGUCACACUGGAAUGAAGAUAUGAAGGAGGUGAUUGAGAUCGAUCAGUUCUCGUACCCGGUGUACCGCUCUUUCCUGGAGUUCCUCUACACUGACAGUGUUGAUCUUCCUCCUGAGGACGCCAUCGGACUUCUGGACUUGGCAACCUCAUACUGUGAAAACAGGCUGAAGAAGUUGUGCCAGCACAUCAUCAAGAGAGGCAUCACGGUGGAGAACGCCUUCUCUCUGCUGUCUGCUGCCAUCAGAUAUGAUGCCGAGGAUCUAGAGGAGUUCUGUUUUAAAUUCUGUGUCAACCACUUGACCGAGGUCACGCAGACAGCUGCGUUCUGGCAGAUCGACGGCAACAUGCUGAAGGAGUUUAUCUGCAGAGCCAGCCACUGUGGAGCCUUCAAAAACUGACUCUGACAUCCAGCAGACGCACGCACACACACAAACACACACACACCAUACAUGUGGAUCCAUCUGUUGCUGCAGUCGCUCCUCCAGGCAGAUAAAGGGCGCUGCUACACCAGACGGUCAUCGCGCACACUGCCCCCUGUCGAGCGUCAGAGGAACUCCCGUGAUGGAUCAGAUGCUUGAAGAAGGGUUUAGACCUCUGUUAAUCUCACGUACAACCAUUUUGUACUACAUUACAGACAGAGGAGAUUUCUGUUGUGUGUUAUAUGCCUAGAGUACAUUUCUAGUGCUGCAGAUGGAGGAAUAGUGUGAGUUUUUGGGCCAAAUAAAGGCAUAGUUCAGCUGUGAUGCAUAAACGUACCACUAAAAAGCAGACAGGGGGACAGAUUUGUUCUUUAUGUUGUUGUUUUUUCCUUCUUCAUAAGGUAAUAUUCAACAGGUCACUAAUUAGGUUUCUUGCAGUGAUGCAGUGCAUUACAAGUUGCUCUUUUUAUUGUGUGGUAUAGGCUGGGAUCUGUAAAUGUGCAUUAAGGUGGACUCAGUCAGCAGACGUUGAUGUGGGCUCGUUUUUUUUAAUGUUACUGACCAAAACCUGCUCUAUUUUGUUAUUGCUUGAUGUGAAGGCUUAACUUUUGCUCUUCAGAUAAAGAAAGCUAUAUUAGUUGUUAAUGCUUUGGCCGUUUAGAAGCUGUGCGAAGCAGCAUCUGCAGUAUUGACCGUUACAUUUUAGUCCGAUGUUUAAGUUUGAUUAAGUAUUACUGAUAGUUGCACUAGUGGUCGGAUCACUACAGGGUUUCUAUCAAUCUUUGCACCUUUUAUUUUGGUGUGAAGCACUUGGAUUUCACAAUGCUGAUGCCUGUGGAGAGAUUUAUUUGUUACAAAUGGCUGUGUUUGUGUUUUUCACAUGUACAUACUGUACAGUUUUUGCAUUAGUUUUGUAAAUUUAACCUGUGCACAUCACGUGUGCCGCAGUUUCUCUUGUAAGUUAUGAAUUUGAUCCAUUAAAAAUAAAUAAAGCUUUUCUUAAAAGUUA